AUGCAGUUUAAGUCUUGUCAGCGUGAAUACAUUUGUGGAUUAUAUACGCAACUCACCGAAUCCCGAGAACACUCGUGUAAGAUAGUCACGAACUCGACUGGAGAGCCUCGACCCGCGAUAGCCCGUGUACCCCACUCUAGCACGACACCGGUUCCCAUGGCCAUCACAUCCCCGGUGAUCGAAUAUUCUGAGUCCUGGACUGCGACAACCUCCACCGACUCCUUGCGACUGGUAAACCACGUUGUGCAACUCGCCCCCUCAGCAGCAUUUAUGGGCCCCUCGACUCGGUAA